AUGUAUAACGCAUCUACGACAAGAGAUCCUGCGGCAUUGCUGGGUUUCAAUGAACAUGGGAUACAGUUUGUCGAGAACUUUAUAUGCCAACGUGUUGAUGCUAGACUGCGAGCAGGAGUUGUUUGUCUCAAAUGCAGAGAGAAGCUGCCCAACCCACCAUUAUCUGGCCAACUCAGUCAGGGCCCGCAUGCCCGCAAUUUUGAUUCCAAGGUGCCAACAAGACAAAGAAAAACCGACAAGGAGUUUGUUUUAGAGCUGCUGUGUAUUUUCCUUUUUGCUAUAGUGGCCAAUAAGACUGGCGAGAACAAAGUCUUCUGGCGAUCAGAGGGAGCAGAGUGUAUACAGCAGGCUCCAAGCGACACCACUACUCCUGCCAGCAGAGACUAUAAGCACUACUGUUCUACGUGUAGUACCUGCUUGAAAACAAAAUCAGAGCUUAACAAGCACGAAGUCCGGCAUAGCAAGCCCUUCCACUGCGAUGCCAAAGGCUGUAAUCGUACGGAAGGCUUCAGCAGCAAAAAUGACCUCGACAGACACAAGCGGAGCGUUCAUUCUGACCUAGAAGUAUCUGGACCUAGAUACAUUUGUCGCUUAGGGCAAUGUGCUGCUGUUGCAGAGGCUGAACCCAAGACUUGGCCGAGAGCUGAUAACUUUCGUUCCCAUCUUCGCCGUAUGCAUCAGAAGGAGCAUAGCCGCAACGAUAAUCUUGACGAAUAUAUAUAUCGGCAUAAAGGCCUCCAAAAUAGUGAAGGGACCACCCUUUCAAAUAUAAGUACCGAUUCAGAGAGCACUUUGACGCCACGUUCACCUCCUACAAAAACCGCCUUCAGCACUAGAACAAUCCAAUCUGGCGAAAAUAAGAUACUGGAUACCGACACAGUGGACGGUAUUGACAACUGGGACCUAACUACCUCGGUUGAUCAGUCGAGUGUGAUAAUUCCCCGAGGAGGGCCAGCUAUUCUCAGUGAACUGAAGAUUGCAUCAAUUUCCCCUAUCCCCAAAGCAAAAAGGCGGCCUUUACCAGCAUCUGCGCCGAAGACGGAACCCGCUAGGAAGAGGCACAAGGCAUCCGCCCAAACAGAACAACAGAAGGACCGUGUCGCUACUAUUACCCGUACUCGUGGCUCGAAGUGAUGGGGACAACAAAGUGGGCAAUGGAAGCAAAGGAUUCGAUGUAGGCCAAGAC